UGUCCCUUGGACACAGCGGAUCACCGAUCAAUGGAAAGAGCCGAAGAUGUCGGCUCGGUCAUGUGAUCAGCUGUGUCCAAUCACAGCUGAUCGCAUAUGGGCACUGAUGAUCAGUGUGCCCUGAUGAUCUGUGUAGCCCCAGCAGUGCCACCUGUCAGUAUCCAUCAGUGCCAGCUGUCAGUGCUCAUCCAUGCCACCUGCCAGUGCCCAUCAGUGCCACAUAUCAGUGCCUACCAGUGCACAUCAAUGUCACAUAUCAGUGCUCAUCUGAGCUGCCUAUCAGUGUCACCCAUCAGUGCCAGUCAGUGCUACCUAUCAGUGCUGCCAAUCAGUGCCACCUAUCAGUGCCCAUCAGUG